AUGAAGUUGGUUCGCAGCUUUUUGAUGAAGCUCAACAAUGAGAGCGUCACGAUCGAAUUGAAGAACGGGACGAUUGUGCAUGGAACAGUGACUGGUGUCGAUGUACAGAUGAACACGCAUCUCAAGAACGUCAAGCUCACGGUGCGUGGCCGUGACCCGAUUUCGUUGGAUAGCCUGGCGAUCCGCGGCAACAACACGCGGUACUGGAUCCUGCCUGACGCGCUGCCGCUGGAUACGCUGCUGGUCGACGAUGCGCCGCGGCCCAAGUCGAAGCGCGACCCCAAUGCGCAGGCCGCACGGGGCCGUGGCGACCGUGGCCGCGGCCGCGGUAUGCGUGGCCGCGGCCGUGGCCGGCCGUAA